CCAGGCUCAAGCAGCUGGAAGGUUCACUGCCCCACCCAGUGCAUGGUCUGCAUGAAAGGCCUCCCAUUGCGCCAUGGCCGAUCUUGGGGAAAGGCUUUCCGAGCUGCACGAGGUGCUGGUAAGGCGUUGCCAGCACAGCGCGCAGAUGGGGUGGCGAGACGAUCGUGGGUCGCGCGUGCGGAUUCUCGGCAGGCACAUUGGUCGCAUCUCCGCCGCUAACAGGACCAGGGGAUACAGCUCGCAGUGGGGCCUGGAGGUGCGAUUGGACGCGACAGGAUGUGGUCAUGGAGUGUGGCUGGCAACCAGGCAGAGAGCACCGAACGAGCUAGUGGAAGCUUGCCCGCUCUUUUCGACCCCAUGCACAGUCGAGCAGAUGAGCGAGUCGGAGCUUCUGGCAAGUGGCGCGUUCGCUGUGCAACGAGCCGGCGCUCUUCAUUUAGCGAUGCCCUUCGGAUUCAGCUGCCUGUACCGCCGCGUGGAUUUUGGAAUGAACAUCGAGCCCAUGCUCGAUGGUAGUGAGUUGCGCUGGGUAGCCACUUCAUUGAUAUCAGAGGGUCAAGAGCUGCUCGCUCCAGCCGGUUGGCACCAGCUCCUGGCAAGGCCGGUGACGGUCAGUGCCCCAAAAAUUAUAGUGGAUGCUCGCAGCAUGCCGCUGGAGAAGUUGGCCCCUCUGGGGAGCUGUCUUCGGCACGGCGCGUCGCCAGUGCACGGCACAGGCGUGUUCUGCACGAGAUCGUGUGAGGAAGGCCAGAUCUUGGAGCUCUGCCCCGUGGUUCGUCUUAACGGGGAGGCGAGACACCUCCUACGCGACUACGCGAUGCGUUUUUCCUCUGGCCACGAGCCCGACAUACUGCUAGCACUCGGUCUCGGUGCUUUGUUUAACCACUCCCCAGACCCGCACAUUGAUUGGUUUCACGACGUGGAUAUGGACACGAUCGUGUUCGUCGCGCGACGCAGUAUCAUUGUGGACGAGGAGGUAUUCAUCGACUAUGGACACAGCUACUUUGUUUCUCGCGGCGUGAUGCCAUCCGAGCGAGAGGUAGAUUGCGAACAUUGUUCGCUGGGAGACUCCAUCGGAUAGCGGUCCAACAAAACCCGCCUCCUCUCCAAGUCCUGCAGGGGUCCCCGUGGAUGAGGGGCAAGAGCUGAGGGGCCAAGGGCGGG